CAUCGCUGGCUGUCAUGCAGGGAGCGGCCACCUCCGACGAAGACAAACGGUGAUAGUCGCCUCUUCGCCGUGCUGGGUGUCUUGCCCUGACUGGGAGGAUGGAGAGUCAACAGGAGUCCGGUGGGCCGCUGAUAACUGACCCUCCUUCUGACUGGAGGGCGAGGGCGCGAUAAGAACCAGAUAAAUGAAGCUCCACCGCACAAGACGGGUGCCCUUAUCGCUGAUUCCAUCCUCCUCAGUCUUGUGCUCUCAUCUUAUCACUGGCAGCCUUGCUAUCAUUCGGAUGUCUCCGAUCGGUUCCUGCGCUAGCUGUGAGCUCAUCGAUUGUGUACAUGCCCGUUCACGCUGGGAGUUCGUUCUCGCUGGAGAUCACCCAGCCAUUUUCUGCAGCAUUGCAACAGUGGAACCACGGAAAACAAACCGUGGCCGGGCUUGGCUAAAUCACGUUAGAAGUGGGGAUUCUUCAGCCAGAAGGCUGGUUUGGCACCAAUACAACGACGAUCAUUGGCUUGCUGGAUAAGCUGCUUCGACUGCCGAUCGCUACUCCUAACUUAUCAGCGCUGAUCCUUCCUAAUCAGCUCAUCUAUGGAUGAUGGAUCCCAAUUUUUCCUGCAGGUGGACUUGCUCAUGGAUCGGUGCUUGCCGACUGCUUCCCGAUUGCUUCCCGCGCGAAGCCCAGGAAAUUUCUACCAAUUGUGACUCUAUAUAAGAGGUGUCGCGCAACCUCUCACUGGGAAGAAAGUGUGCUCUCUCACAUUUCCGAACGCGCACAAGAUGCAGCUCCUCCAAUCCGUCACCGCGGGCUUCCUGCUCGCCGGCAGCUGCUUGUCUUCCCUGGCUACGGCUCGCUCUGUCCCUGUGCAGCAGCCCCGCGAUGUGGCCGUGAGCCACACGCCGGCCAAGAUCACCCCUAAGGUGUUCAUCGUGUCGAUG